GUGGGCCCCAAAAGCCAAUGUAGUACAACAACAGGGCAGAGACAGGUCCGGUUCUUACUGCAUCUUCUUGUCUUCCAACUCUUUUUCUCUCUCUGCUCAUUGAAAGUUGAAAACGUUAGGGAGCACUCUCCCUUUUGCAACUCAAAAGCUUCAAACCCAAAGAAGUACUUGCAAGCUUACGGGACAGAUGAACUUUCACUACAUUGUGUAAAGAUUGCAUUUUUGCUCUCACCAGGACGCCCCACUUAUCCACUAUGGUUUACGAAAGGAUCCAAAAGCCUCAGGGUGGUGGGGGAUUUUCACCUGGAAAAUUGAGGAACAUGCUACUGGGCGUGGAGAAGAAGAGGAAAGAAGAGGAAGAGCUUGAUUCUACUUUCACCACGAGAUCUCAGAAUUCUGACAUGGAUGAAUCUGGUGGUAGCAGUUCUGAUCAUUGUAAAGAUGUAGAUGUUGUGAGUGUCCUUCCUGAAUAUUCAACUUCUGCAUUAGUUCGCACCAGUAGCAUAGAUGCAGUUGGUGAUGAUCGUUUUGUGAAGGCUAAUGCAGCAGUGACUUCAAGGAAUAGAAUCUUAGAAGACCCUUCUUCAGAUUAUGAUAGUGGGCAUGAAAAUAUGAGCAUCUCAUCAUCAGUGUUUGAAUUUCAAAAGGCCGAGCGGUCUACACAGAGAGUGCCAGUGAGGCCAUUCUCAAAACCAGCGCCAUCUAAAUGGGAUGAUGCUCAGAAGUGGAUAGCAAGUCCAACAUCAAACAGGCCAAAGACAGUGCAGGCUCAAGGGCAAGGUGGGCAUGUAGGUCCACGUAAGGUUGGUAGUCUUGGUUAUGGAAGCCGGCAACCUUCAAUGAAGGUUGUUGUUGAAGUUCCAGAUCAAAGAGAAAUUGCUUUAGAUGAACCGGAUACCAAGCAAAUUGAUACAAAUCAAACUAAGAUGGAAAGUGGAGGACAGAAAUUUGUGAGUUGGGAGGCUGAUCCCUAUGCAAUUGCAAGUUCUUGUGUUAGCCUUAGCCAGCACAAUUCGUCUCUUGCCAUCCAGAAUGCAACAACAUUUGUUCCUCCCCCUUCAACUGCUCGGUCUGUAUCAAUGAGAGAUAUGGGAACUGAAAUGACCCCUAUUGCUAGCCAGGAGCCUUCAAGAACAGGUACCCCUGUGAGGGCGACGACACCAAUGCGCAGUCCUAACUCUUCUCGGCCUUCUACUCCCCCUAGAUCAUCCCCUGCAUCUACUUUAACUGAUCUGCAUAGUGACAAUCUGAAUCUCAACAAGAAUGAAUUGUCCGAAAAGGAGCUACAGAUGAAAACCAGGCGUGAAAUAAUGGUCCUUGGGACACAACUUGGUAAAAUGAAUAUUGCUGCCUGGGCUAGCAAAGAAGAGGAGGAUAAAGAUGCAUCAACUUCCCUCAAAACAAAACCAGAACCGCCUAAGAGUGUUGUUGAAGCACGUGCAGCAGCAUGGGAGGAAGCUGAGAAGGCCAAGUAUAUGGCCAGGUUUAGGCGUGAGGAGAUGAAAAUUCAAGCAUGGGAAAAUCAUCAGAAAGCAAAAACAGAAGCCAAGAUGAAAAAAAUUGAGGUAGAAGUUGAGAGAAUACGUAGUAAGGCACAUGAUAAGCUAAUGAAUAAUUUAGCUGCGGCAAGGCAUAAAGCUGAGGAAAAACGAGCAGCAGCAGAAGCCAAUAGAAAUCAUCAAGCUGCAAAAACUGAAGAGCAAGCAGAUUAUAUACGAAGAACUGGUCAUGUCCCUUCCUCAUAUUUAUCAUUUUCUUGCUGCAAUUGGUGCUCUUAAAACAAAAGUCAAUCCUUUUCAAUGUUUAAUUUUUUUGUUCUAUAGGCUUGCAAUGCCUUUUGCUGCUUACACCCAAUCAUGUUAAAUAUGCCUAUUGCAUUUUCUCCCUGGUGUAAAACGUUACCUUCUUAUGCAGAAUAAUUGCAAUUUGGAAGUGCUAUGCUAUUUAUUCCGUUUAUAUC